AUGAACAACAAUAACAAUAGUGUCCCUCCAGGUGGUGGUGGAAUGAGACCUCCGCCUCCUCCUCCUGGGGGUGGUGGAAUGGGUUCAUCUGCUAUAACACCUCUACAAAGGAAUGUCGUUCUCUAUGGUUAUUUAAUUCUUUUCCUCUUUGGUUUCUUCGGUCAUGCUGGAAGUCUCACGAUCUUUCAUCGUGAAACUCUUCGCAAAGUAUCGACAAGUACUCUCUUCAUCUACAUGGCAAUAUCUGAUCUCAUUUAUUUACUCACAUGUUUCUACAUAUUUAUCUUCAUUGGUCUCAAUGUUUCAACAGCAAACAGGAACAUGAUGAAUCAAUUAUGUCGCGCUUAUACAUUUCUGCAAUACUUCUGUAUGUGUUGCACAGCAUGGCUUUUGUUAACGAUCACCAUUGACCGAUGGCUUCGUGUUCGAUUUGCAUUUCGAGUGAAAGAACUGUGCACACGAAAACGAGUGACUAUUGGUACAUGUGUCAUUGUGAUCGUUUCUGCUGCUCUCAACUCUCAUUUGGCUUCGCCAUUCAUCGAAGUUGUUGCGGGAGCAGCUGUUUGUUCUUCUAGCCGAACAUCGAAUCCAUCAUAUGAAUAUUUCUAUUCGACCAUUUGGCCAAUCUUAAUAACAAUUCUUCAAAUAGUUCUACCAACGAUACUCCUGUUGGCAUUCAGCAUCAGCCUAUUUGUUGAACUUCGCCGACAACAACAACAAAAAUCCCAGAUGAAACGUGGUCGCCGUAUUUUUAUCGAUCGACAAAUCCUAUUAAUAAUGAUUUCGAGUAUUUUUCUCUUUUUCAUUACACAGAUUCCAUUGAGUCUAUUCUACAUUCUCAUGACUUAUAUUUUACGAUCAAAACUCACAUUGGAACAAUUGGUUCAGUUCAACAAUUUUGCCGUCUUAGUCGCUUCAAUCAAUUAUGCAGCAUCUUUCUAUAUUCAUUGUUUAUCAAGUCGAUUGUUUCGUCAAGAAUUUUACCAUGUCAUCAAUAUCCUUCGUACUAGUCGUGUGGGUGUUGUCACACACAUUUUGGGCACGGGCAUCACUCAAACUCAAACAGUUCAUUUACGUGAAACAAAAUUGAAUAAAAAAUAA